GUGAUUCUUCCUACAAGCAUCAUCAUGAGAGGCUGUCUUUUCUGGCCACUGCCCCUGUUGCUGUUCUUCGUCCAGCCCUGGGAAAUCCAGCUCCAGUCUGCAGGUCCUAGGUGCUAUACUGGGCCCCUGGAUUUGGUGUUCGUGAUUGAUAGCUCCCGCAGCGUGCGCCCCUUCGAGUUCGAGACCAUGCGACAGUUUCUGGUGGGCCUCCUCCGUAGCCUGGAUGUGGGGCUGAACGCCACUCGAGUUGGCGUGAUCCAGUAUUCUAGCCAAGUGCAGAGCGUGUUUCCCCUGCGCGCCUUCUCUCGUCGCGAGGACAUGGAGCAUGCCAUCCGCGCCGUAGUGCCUCUGGCGCAGGGCACCAUGACCGGGCUGGCGAUCCAGUAUGCCAUGAACGUCGCCUUCAGUGAAGCCGAAGGCGCGCGCCCACCGGAGGAGCGAGUGCCACGGGUCUUGGUCAUCGUGACCGACGGGAGACCUCAAGACCGAGUGGCCGAAGUGGCCGCUCAGGCGCGCGCCCGCGGCAUUGAGAUCUACGCUGUGGGGGUGCAGCGAGCCGACGUGGGCUCUCUACGAGCUAUGGCUUCGCCUCCGCUGGAUCAGCAUGUCUUCUUGGUGGAGUCUUUCGAUCUCAUCCAGGAGUUUGGUCUGCAGUUCCAGGGCCGGCUGUGUGGGAAGGACCCGUGUACUGAGCCAGGACAUGGCUGCCAACACCAGUGUGUCAAUGCUCCAGGAACCUUCUACUGCACCUGCAACUCUGGCUACAAGCUAGCCCCAGAUAAUAAGAACUGUUUGGCCAUAGACCUCUGUGCUGAAGGAACCCACGGUUGUGAACACCUCUGUGUCAAUUCCCUGGACUCUUAUUUCUGUCGUUGUCGAGCUGGCUUUGCACUCCAGCAGGACCAGAAGAGCUGCAGGGCCAUUGACUACUGCAGUUUUGGAAACCACAGCUGUCAGCAGGAGUGUGUGAGCACCCUAGUGGGGCCCCAGUGUCGCUGCAGAGAGGGUCAUGACCUGCUGCCUGAUGGGAGGAGCUGUCGGGUCAGGGACUUCUGCAAUGGUGUGGAUCAUGGCUGCGAGUUCCAGUGUGUGAGUGAAGGUCUUUCCUUCCGCUGCCUGUGCCCUGAGGGGAGGCGACUUCAGGCUGAUGGCAAGAGUUGUGACCGGUGCCGGGAAGGCCACGUGGACCUUGUUCUCCUGGUGGAUGGCUCGAAGAGUGUACGUCCACAGAACUUCGAGCUGGUGAAGCGCUUCGUGAACCAGAUCGUGGACUUCCUGGAUGUGUCCCCCGAGGGCACACGCAUCGGGCUGGUGCAGUUCUCCAGCCGGGUGCGCACCGAGUUCCCUCUGGGCCGCUAUGGCACAGCAGCAGAGGUGAAGCAGGCAGUCUUGGCUGUGGAGUACAUGGAGCGGGGCACCAUGACGGGGCUGGCACUGCGCCACAUGGUGGAGCACAGCUUCUCAGAGGCACAGGGUGCGCGGCCUCGGGACCUCAAUGUGCCUCGUGUGGGCUUGGUGUUCACUGAUGGCCGCUCUCAGGAUGACAUUUCGGUGUGGGCGGCUCGCGCCAAAGAGGAAGGCAUCGUCAUGUAUGCCGUGGGCGUGGGCAAGGCCGUGGAGGAAGAGCUGCGCGAGAUCGCAUCCGAACCAUCGGAGCUGCAUGUGUCCUACUCUCCGGACUUUAGCACCAUGACUCACCUACUGGAGAAUCUCAAAGGCAGCAUUUGCCCAGAAGAGGGCAUCAGCGCUGGGACAGAGCUUCGGAGUCCCUGCGAAUGCGAAAGCCUCGUGGAUUUCCAGGGACGCACGCUGGGGGCGCUUGAGAGCCUGACACAGAACCUGGCCCAGCUGACAGAGCGCCUGGAGGAGCUGGAGAACCAGCUGGCCAGCCGGAAGUGAAGGUCGCAUGCGGUCUGAGCACCUGUGCCCCUUGGCAUGGACCGUCCAGGAGGGGGCGCUGGCGGGUCCCAAGCGCUGCCUUCGAGCUGGUCUCGCCUGGACCAGAAGCCAGAUUUGGGGGGCGAGGGGAUUGGGAGGUGCUGGUGGGGAAGAACACGUCAC